AUGAACAACCGGGCGCGGGCUCCAGCCCCCACCUCCGCCCGGACCUCAACCCGGGUCAGGGCUUCGACCCCGGCUCGGACCCCAGCGCUGGUUCAGGCCUCGACCCCGGCUCAGACCCCAGCGCUGGUUCAGGCCUCGACCCCAGUCCAGAUCCCACCUCUGGUUCAGGCCUCGACCCCGGCUCAGACCCCAGCGCUGGUUCAGGCCUCGACCCCAGUCCAGAUCCCACCUCUGGUUCAGGCCUCGACCCCAGCUCGGACCCCAGCUCUGGUCCAGGCUUCGACCCCGGCUCGGACCCCAGCACUGGUCCAGGCUUCGACCCCGGCUCGGACCCCAGCGCUGGUUCAGGCCUCGACCCCGGCUCGGACCCCAGCGCUGGUCCAGGCCUCGACCCCGGCUCGGACCCCAGCUCUGGUCCAGGCUUCGACCCCGGCUCGGACCCCAGCGCUGGUCCAGGCUUCGACCCCGGCUCGGACCCCAGCGCUGGUUCAGGCUUCGACCCCGGCUCGGACCCCAGCGCUGGUUCAGGCCUCGACCCCGGUGGGCACCACGACCCUAGUCCAGACUCCUACCCGGAUCCGGACCCUGACUCCGGUCCGAGCGCAGACGCCGGUCCGGAUCCCAGCCCCGGCCCCAGCCCCAGCCCCGGCCUGGGUCCAGGCCACCGUCCCUGCCCCGGAAUCCUUCCCGAACCCAGCCCUACCUUUGGAUCCGCCCCCGGAACCCGCUCCGGAGCCAACUUGGCCUGACGAGGAUCCUGCUCCGGCGUCGGGUCUGAGGCAGGUCUGGUCGUCGGUCGCCGGCUCAGCCAGCCCGGGCCCGCAGCCCCUUCCCGCGCUCACUCCGCUGGCCGCUCCCGUCCUGGAGCUCACCCUGGAGCCCACCCCGGGGGCAGACCCGUCGGCCACCAAGCUGAAGCCCUUCCCCUGGCCCGUGCCCAUCGGGGCGCCCGUGCCGGACACCGGCUCCUUACCGAUCUCUCCCGACACGGUCGCCUCCACCAGCGAGAACUUGCAAAUGGACAACAAAAUCUUGAUUCGAGUGAUCUACUGUGGUCUCUGAAGCUAUGGCCUUCAGUACAUUCUGUUGAAAAAGAGUCUGGAGCAGCAAUUUCCGAAUCAUCUGCUCUUUGAGGAGGAAAGAGCUGCCCAGGCUACAGGGGAGUUUGAAGUGUUUGUGGAAGGGAAACUGGUCCAUUCCAAGAAGAAAGGUGAUGGCUUUGUAGAUGAGGCCAGGCUGCAGAAGAUUGUGAGCAUUAUUGAUGAGAUCAAGAAAAGGUAGCAGGUGACUGGCAGAACUGGAGGUGAGUGGGGAGCUGUGGGGGUAGCAGGGUUAGAGACAGGGUCUUGCUCUGUCGCUGCAGGCAGGAGUGCAGUGGCAUGAUCAUAGCUCACUGC